AUGGCCACCGUUGGACUGGUGGCGUCGUCUUCUCCCCUGGCCCUCCAAGGUCUGGCAGCCGUGGAGGUCUGCGAUGCCGGGGAUCAAAGUCACGAACAGCGAGCCAUCCGCCGUAGCCUGGAGGACAGUGCCAAGUCGCGUAGGAUGGCUGUUUACGACGGUGCCAGUGUGUCGCGAGCACGGGUAGCUUGCGCAGCCGAUCGGGAAUUACUGGCAGCAGCUCAAAAGACGGACAUCCGGACCGUCAAGGUUCUUGGAGAGGGCGCCUUCGGGAUUGUGGACCUGGUUCGCGUGAUUACACCGGCAGGGCAACUGCUCUGUGUACGGAAGAAGCUUCUCAAGGCAAGCGAGUCUAACAACAACGACCCCGCCAGGGAGGUGGAAGCGCUGGAGGCAUUACGAGCGAGCGGCUUCCUGACUCAGUUGUGGAGCUCCGUAAUGGGACUGUACGACUACACCUUGCUGUUGGAGUACUGCCCGUACGGCAGUCUGGAGGGUUUGCUACGGGAGGUGUCCUGCCGCCGCAGCGCUACUGGUAACUCCUGCCUGGACUUUGUGGUGGUGUCGCUGCUGAGGCUGGAGCGGAGGGCAGGGCUGAGCGAGGACGAGGCGCGCUUCUACACCGCCUGCGUCCUCAUCGCGCUGGAGGACAUGCACUCCCGCGGUUACGUGCACCGCGACGUGAAGCCCUCCAACUGCAUGCUGGCGGAGUCGCGCUACCUCAAGCUGGGGGACCUGGGGCUGGCCAAGCACCUUGGGGCUGGCAGCAAGGCGCAUUCGCACGCCGGGACGCCGCACUACAUGGCGCCGGAGGUGGUACACGGCAACAAGAACGGAUACAGCUUUUCAGCUGACAUAUGGUCCGUGGGCAUCAUGUUGUGGGAGAUGGUUGACGGCACCCUGCCCAAGUGGGCGGCGGACUUGCUCAGUCGCUUGUUGGACAAGAGCCCUCGUGAGCGACCCACAGCUGUAGACGCCCUAGGACACGACUGGUUCCGGAGCCUGGACAUGGCGGCACUCAGGGCGCAGACACUGACAGCACCGGAACCUGCGGAGCUGGAGGCCCCAUUCCGGACUACGGUUCGGUAUCACAAGAACCGCGUCUGCAGCCGCAAGCUGCUUGCCGCGGCUGGCGCGCAGGGCCAGCUGCAUCACGAGUACGGCAUCUAUUUGGGCAAGGGUGCCGUACUUACACUGACGACGGCGGACGAGAAACGUGACGGCAGGGAAGCUGACGGCGGUCAUCAUCCGGCGCCAGGCGACGUACGGCGGCAACCUCCUGAGGUCCGUCUGGUCCACUUGCUUAACUUCUCGCGGCCAGGUUUAAGGGCUUCGGAGCUACCUGGUGUAGCUGAGCUCCCGGAACCCGUGCAAAUAGAGUGGUACGACACAAAGCGGGCCUCCGCUGAUGUCCGGCAGCUGGCCUCUCGUGUACUGGGGCCCCUGCCGCCCGACUUGGUGGAUUCGUUGCUACCGCUGACAACGGAUGAUGGAGCCGGCCUCACCGUUGCCGCCGAGGUGGCGUCGUACACUUUCGCAGCCUGGGUAGCGGGCUUGCCGCUGGAGCACCCCGCGUUGCCGGCCGCAGUGGCGCCGACGACACUGCCACCGCCGCAGACGGCCGCUGGCGGCAGCUGCGGCCAUGCCGGCAUAUCUCCCUCGUCCUCCGCCCGUGCUUCCGCCGCCGCCGCCACCGCCGCCACCGCCGCAGCAGCGCCCGUCAGCCACAUGCGGUUGUCCGUCGGGCUCCGCCGCCUCUUCCGGCUCUUCCUCCCGAGCAAGCGGAAUGGCCAGGGGGCAGCGAGGGUCUGCAAGGAAGCACUGGAUGGCAGAGCCGAAGGCACACAGGGACCAGCUAUACUUCUGGAAGAGGCGUGGGCGGAAUUUGAGCGACGAGUGUUGGCGCGGGACGUUGCGGUGUACGGCACUGAGCUGGAGCGGAGAUGGCUCGCGGAGCUGAAGCUGCCUGCCUGA